AUGGAAUCAGAGUUGAGAGGAGGACAGAGUGGGGAAGGGAAGACAAGAAAAAAAUGGCUUUCGGAGGAGGAACUCAAGAAUGGUCCUAACACAAGGGAUCAGUUGGUCACAGAGGACACGUUGAAGGACAGAAGCCACAACUUUAGAUCUUCCUGGUAG